GAGAGUUUCCAAGAACGCAUGGGUAUCCCUCCCUUUCAGACUGUCCGUGGCCUCCUCGCCCCGGCGGUCAGUUCCAAUACUCAGCCAAACCCUCCUGGUCCCCCAUUCCCCUCUCUCUACCUUUCCUCUGAAGAAACAAGCCGGCAUUACGUCAGAAAGUGCAGGGCAAGCACGACAGCGUCUUAGGAGCUAGGCAUUGCUGCCAAACCCGGCUUGGGACUGCUCACGAGCUCACUGCAGCCAAUGCCAUUUACAGAUGCAACUCUUUUAAAACAGGAACAGUAUGUGGUCACUGUUGCAGGCACAAUUGCGCAAAACAACAACAGUGUAAACGGUGUAAAGAUAACGAGUCGGCUGGUUUACCCCGUAGCCUCACUGAAAACACCAUGACAUGAUGAAGCAACAGAGAUUUCUUACGCACAGAGAUUUCUGCAGCAUUUUUUGCGUUUGAUUUUUUUUUGCUGAUCUCAAAGACAACAUGCCCCACGCUCGAAAUAGGAAUCCUAGCCCCAUCCCCGAGGUAACAUGGGACACAGGAUUGAAGGAGAUGAACGAGACCUGGAAAGGAGCUAUUGCCUGUCUCGGGGUGGCCGUAUUCUUUGUCAUGACCAUCGGGAUCAUAUAUUGGCAGGUGGUGGACCAGCCCAACAAGAACUGGAUCCUCAGGGGGACUUUUAGCGGACUGAUCUGGGAGAGAAGAACCCACUCGCUGGUCAUACAGACUCUAACGGAGGACAAGACCUAUGUGGAGAUAGACGUCGGGAACGUGGGGAACCCCGACGUCGAGGUUCCCUUCGUGAGGAACUUGUGCUGGCUGAAUAAAACGGAGUUCUGCUAUACGUGGGACUCGGUGGCCGAGGUGAAAAUUUCGCUGGAGGUGAAUGAGGAGACGGAGACGGAGUGUUACAGUAUGACUUGGACGCCGGUGCACUGUCACGUGGAGCUGAAGGACUGCUUCUCCAUGACCAACGUGUCCUGGUACGGCGGCGCCAGUGUCCGGGGUCAGACCUGGCCGAUCAACGAUCAGAACGCCACCACGCAGCCCUUCAUCGUGAGCGAUCUUAAGGACAAUCCCUCUGGCUUUGGCUCUGCUCUGGAACGCUACUUCCUGGGCUCCACAGGUGUUGCCGUGCUGGUGUCUCCUGAUGUUCCCCUGCGGCUGGGGCUGGACAGCCGACAGGAGUUCUGCCUGCAGUCGCUGGCCAGUGUGGAGCGUCUCCCUCUGCAGUACACUGUGUGUGUGGCCCACAAUGUGAAAGCUGCCCACCAGGAAGCAGUGCAGCGGCUCUCGCACCACAGCAGGGAGCUGCCCAACAUGAACACGUUGUGGCUGCCGUUCUGGAAGCUGCUCGCCAACGUGGAUUCAGGGCCGAGGGUGGAGAGGGAGCUGAGGACCUUCUCGAAUCGUCUGAGGAGACACCAGCUAGGGGAGGGAGUCAUCAGCCUCAAUGAACAUUCCACCACCCUCCUCUCCGACAUGGACCAUGACUACCUCAACAGCAGGAAAAGGGGGAUGUCCAAGAGACUGACCCGGGACCUCCCACUUGUCAAGCUUCUCAACAUUUCCAUCACCCUGUCCCCUUUCCUGGGCGUGGACACCACGCAGUUCCACACCUCCCUCGUGGACGGCACUGAGGCCUACUGGCUCAGCCUCCCCUCAGCCCCCCUGGGACAGCCGAUCCCUGUGAUGGGUCAGUGGCGAGGAAAGUUCUGCGUGAAGCUGAACAUCACCAACCCAGGAGCGGUGAGCUGGUUCCUGGAUAGGGUGGGGGCUCUGCAGGCCCAUUUGGGGAUGGAGUACGUCAUGCUGGAGGGGGGCGAAGGGAAUCUGCUCGAGGAGCAAGUCCUGCGGCCGCCGCAGACUCUCGGGGGAGACAACUACAUCGGCCUGCUGGCCGACCUGGCCACGAGGAUAGGAGACUCCACCAUCGUGACAGCAGGGACACGGUCGAACCACAAGCCUCUGUUUGUCAGGAUGACCCCCAUGCAGUCCGACUGGAGCCCAAUGGGCCUGAAGGGCAUCAUUCCCUCCCUGCUGCACCACUCUCUGCUGGGAUACAACUUCCUCAUUCCUGAUGCAGUAGGUGGAUCUCUGUCUGGAGACCUUGUCACAGAUGAGGAACUGUUCAUUCGCUGGCUGGAGAUCACGGCUUUUCUCCCAGUGAUCAGCUUCCACACGCCGCCCUGGUUUUACGGAGAGGACCGGGUGCUGAACCUGACACGGGCCUACAUAGCGAAGCACCAGAGCGAUGUGGUCCCGCUGAUAGAAAAGUAUGCAGAGGAGUGGCGGAUGACGAGAAACCCCAUCUACCGGCCGAUGUGGUGGCUCAGUCCCAGUGACCCCACCACUUACACCAUUGAUGACCAGUUCCUCAUCGGAGACGAGGUCCUGGUGGCGCCGGUGGUGGAGAAGGGGGCGGUGCAGAGGGAUAUUUAUCUACCUGACGGGGGCUUCCAGUGGCAGGACAGCCAGAAUGCUCAGGUGUUCGACGGGGGGACGUUCCUACAGGACUACCCUGUGCCCUUGGAGGAGGUGGCUGUUUUCUUACGGAGAAGCUGAGUCACAUGACUUAUCCUGUUACUGUUUUGAAUCAAAUUAUUUUGUUUUCCUUUUUUUUCUUUCGUGCUGUUCUCAACUUGAACUUUUCCACUAAAGACCAUUGACCCUGUCUCAAGGCUUGAGAUGAUGUGUAGACUUUUUUUUUUUAUACUUGCACUUUACAGUUCAAAAUUAUGUUUUUUUUUCUCUCUUACCUUUCUUUUCCUCCUUUAAAAAAAAAAGAAAGAAGAAAGAUCGGUUUUACCUCUCAGCUGAUUUGUGUCCGGACUUUUUUGUACUUUUUUUUACCUGUUCCGCUUUUUUUGGCAUGUAAGAUCCCGAAGAAACCUCUGCGUUUACAUGCUGCGUUUCUACAGCUUUUAAAUUUUGAAUCGCUGCUGGCUCUCUUGAUAAGGAGGAACAAAGCAAGCCCCUCGUUGCUUCAGACGAAUCUCUCAAGAAGACCAAAUGAAGACAGAGAAGGACAAAGGAAAAUGGCUUGUUGGAAGGAAAUGAACUCACAGAAAGCUUCGUACCGAAACUGACGCGCAGUGGUACCCCAGGUGUCGCUCACCCGUCAGAGAGGCUUUUACUUGAACUUAUGUUUUAUGAAUGUACCUCAUACCAUGGAUGUUCACUGCUCUACAGUCAUCAGACACAACGAUCCCCCUUAGCACUUAUUCUUCGAGGAAUUCUACUUAAUUGAUCACAUCUGUUGGACCAUUGAGUCUUUUAGUACUGUAGGCCAGAUGAACUCCAGGCCAAGCCACUGUAAUUGUGACUCUGGCUAUAUUUUAAUUUAGAUUAGAUGCUACCAUUUUACUAAUGUGCUGUAGUACCAAGUGUGUCUGAUGUGGUGUUGGUAUGCUCUUUCAUAAGUCAGUGCCAAAUGAAGUUGUGAAGCUCCAAAUGAGACUUUUAAUAGAACGGUUUACAUGUUGGGAGAUACAUUUGUUUACCUUCUUGCAUGAGAGUUGGGUGAGAAGACUGAUACCGCUGUCACAUCUGUUUGGUAAAUAUGAAGACAGUGGAGGGAACUCGAGGAAACAGCUGGUCUGGUCCAAAGCUCACAACAUCGUACUCAAUAAUUAACGGCUUGUAUCUCGUUUAUUUUAAUCCAUACACAAAAAACUAAGAAUUGUGACUUUACGAGGGGUUAAGUGAUGGACUAUUUCUUGGGCAGAAGCAGGACAUUUAUAGUUUCCAGAAUGAAGACUUUCUAUUUGUCAUACAGAUACAAGACUGGUAGCAAUCUUCUCAUCUGCAAAUAAUAAUAAUGCCAUUAAAUGCAUUUCCCAAAAGGACGAACUAUUCCUCGAAAGCAAAACACGGGGAAAGAGCUCUUCAGACAAAACGCAUAAACAAGAUGCUCUCAUAUGUAAGACAUCAUACUGAAGCCAUCUUGAAUUGGAUUCUUGAUCAUUGAAUAAAAGGUCACGGAGGUGGAGUGGCCACUUUAAAUCAAACUUGAUAUGUAAUUCUAAUAAAAUACGCGUCCAUCGCUUAAUUAAAUUCAGGUGGAUUACUUAUGGAAGAUUUUUCCAUUUGGUUUCAACCAUGAUUAAUGCUUUAAGCAAAUUGUAUGUAAAUGAGACGACUGAUUUUUGUUCCUGACUAUAUUCAAAUGGAGCCCAUGGAGGAAUGUAACCGCGUUGGCGCCAUGACGCAUCGCUCUAUGUCGAGUGAGGUAGUUAGUUUUUCUUUAUCGAUUUGCUCUUCGCCGGACAAUCUUAACUGGCCAGCAGUGACGAUGCAGACUCUGAAACCGUAUUCAAUGCUUUACCACAAAAUCAAUUGUGUAAUUCUGAUCUAACACGUUUACUGUAUCAACUUGAACACUCCGGUCUACUGAAGCUUAUCAAGUCAUCAAAUGUCUUAGUGCAACAGUAUGUUGUGAACACCUCUACGUCUUAAUCCCCCCCAGAGCUGAAUUGUACAUUCAGACAAAUCGACAAACUGUGAUUUCCCAACCAAGCCCUUCAUGCGAGAAGCUUUUCUCCAUCCCGCUCGAAUGCUUUGAAGUCGUGCUUCAUCUCUGUUCACGUGUAAGUUGCAGGAAAAGCUUUGAUGUGUUAUUCCUUCCCUCUCCAGACUGAGCGAAUCGUGCGCCUUAAUAAGCCACUCUUAAAUCUGGACAACACUUGCGCGUCUGGAUUAUUGCAGUAUCCGCAAUGUACAUAUUACGAUGACUGUGCCAUUACAAGUGUUUUUCUCUUCUGUAAAUCAGAGAACUUAGAAUGACAACGUUGCAAUAAAGUUUACAUUUUCUUACUUCA